AAAAUUGGAAUUUACUAAAAAACCAGUCUGAAAGUGUUUCUAACCAUAAACUAAAACAGACAAUCAACCAUAGAGUACAGACUGUCAGUAGUUUAUUAUUAGUUCCGUCUGUCAAAUUAAUCUUUCUCUUUUCGGCUCAACCAAGAUGGGUAUUAGUCGUGAUCACUGGCAUAAACGGAGGGCCACGGGUGGCAAGCGUGCCCCCAUUCGCAAGAAGAGGAAGUAUGAGCUAGGUCGUCCGGCUGCCAACACUAAGCUUGGCGCUCAACGUAUACAUCUAGUGCGAUCCCGCGGUGGCAAUGUUAAAUACCGCGCUCUUCGCCUGGACUCUGGAAAUUUUUCAUGGGGCUCUGAAUGCUCUACCCGUAAAACACGUAUCAUUGAUGUAGUAUACAAUGCAUCUAACAAUGAAUUGGUGCGAACUAAAACACUUGUGAAAAAUGCUAUUGUUGUGGUAGAUGCAACACCCUUUAGGCAGUGGUAUGAGUCUCAUUACCUUCUGCCACUCGGAAGAAAGAAGGGUGCUAAGUUGACUGAGGCGGAAGAUGCCAUCAUUAACAAAAAGCGCAGCAAGAAGACAGCAAAGAAAUAUGUAUCGAGGCAACGCCUCUCCAAGGUUGAAGCGGCUCUUGAAGAGCAGUUUCAUACAGGACGUUUGUUAGCGUGCGUGGCCAGCCGGCCGGGCCAGUGCGGUCGCGCUGAUGGCUACGUGCUGGAAGGUAAAGAAUUGGAAUUUUACUUGAGGAAGAUCAAAUCCAAGAGGGCUAAGUAAAAGUGUAAUGUAAAAAAAUAAAUGUAAAAACACAUAUAA